ACGCCAGACACUCCCCUAUAAAGACCGCACCAGCGGCGGGAACGCUCAUAGAUUCAUUCAGUCUUGCUAGAACAACUUCCAGGAUAAUCGGCUCUUUAUUCUGAGCACUCAGAACAAGGUGCACAAUGUCUGCCACCACUGAGGUAUGGCACACUGAAGACUCUUCUCCUAGGGAAGCCUGCUUUUGUGGGGAAAACCCUGAUGGAAGCUCAAUUGGAGGUCUGGAGUGUACUAUCUGCUUCAGUUCCUAUGACAAUGUCUUCAAGACUCCAAAGUUGCUGCAAUGCCAGCAUGCCUUCUGCUUGGAGUGUCUGGCCAGACUCGCAGCGAGCGUACCAGCCGACCAGUCGUCUGAUAUCAUCUGCCCGCUCUGCAGGAGCCAGACGGUGUUGCCUGACAACGGGACCCCUGCCUUAAAAACAAGCCAGGAGCUACUCUCCCAGCUCCCGCCUCAGCUGCAGCUUGAAGAACCAGUAUGGGUGGAAGGCAAGAAACUGUGCUGUAAGAACUCAAAAGAGACUGGUAAUUCUGACUUUUGUAUCUGUAUUGACAUUGGUGAAACGAAACAAGAAAAUUCAGCUCCUGCCACAAUGACAGACAACAGACUACUAAACUGCUUUGGCCUCCUUGGUGAUUGGAAGAGACUAGUGCUGUUUAUACUGGUACUCAUAAUCUUCCUUGGCAUUGUGUUAUGGCCACUCCGCUGUGCAAUCGCCACACAAAAUCUAACUUGUGCUCACAAUCCUCCUCCAACGUCUGCCCCUAUCAAUACUACAAGUUAAUCUUGGGAGGGCAGGUGACUUUAUUUUUAAAUGUAGAGCUAGUGCAUUGUAUGGUACUGGACGUUUUGCUGCCUGUUAGCUGAACUUUGAAUAACUUGACUGAAAGUUUUAAAAUUCAGAGCCAAAUCUGAAAGAAAUAAUAUCCAACUUUACUGUAAGGGUUUUGGUAAUAGGACCAGCAGAGACUGUGUAUGCCAAAUCAUAAUUGCUUCACAAUGCCCCUGUGCAGCUGACAACGAAAAUCUUAUCAAAUGGUGACAGUCAUGCAAAUGAGGACCCUAAAAGGUUUAAUGAGAACAUCAACACUUUAUUUUUUUAUUUAAACAAAUUUUUGUCCAUUAUCUGCAGUAACUUUUUAAAGAAAAACAAAAACAAUAGAGUCCAGAAUACUUGCUGGGAAACAUUUGGUAUGAACUAAAUUUGGCGUUCACUUUUUUAAUAGAAAUAUGUAAGCACUUGGUGAAAUAUUGUGGUUAUGUAAAGCACUUCCUUUUGUCUCACUUGGUGAUUUCUUUUUAUGUACAGCUUUCACAAUUAGGUUGGAAAAACUUUAAAUGUUACAGAAGUUCUCUUAACAAUUCACUGCCUAAUCAGCAAAGUCAAUGACUAGUUAGUGGCAGUUGAGCACUUUUUUCUUUUGUUUUUGAUCAAGUCAUUAAUGUGAAAAUAACUUUCACUAUAGUUCCCCCUAAUUCACCCCCCCUCCCCCAGAUGGGAUUGGUUAAAGUCUGGUGGGCUAAAUCUAGCAAUAAGGGUUUAUAGGCAUACCGUGGUCUCAGUUUGUUGCCUGUGCUUUUUUUUGCCCUUGUAAAUUUGUAUAAACUUUCUCAAAAUUCAGUAUAACCAGCUAAAGCAGCAUGUACAGAAUCCACUGGUGCUAGAAAUAUAAAAUCCUCUUAUCUAUUCCAAUUCUGAAUCAACAAUUAUUCUUUUGCACUGGAAAUGUAAAUAACCUUGUUUUCGUCACACUUUUGGCACAAGUGCUUACUCUUAUCCCAGCUGCAAUAAUCUCCACCAUGAUUCUAAGUGUCUGGGAUCUCUUUACCAAUCCAGUGUAAAUCAGCCCUUGACAUUUGAAUUAAUCCCUUUUUUAUUUUUAUUGGAAGCAUGUACAGUAACCACUGUCCUCUUUAGGACACUAUCAAAUAGCUUUCCAAAAGUUGUAUUUAUGUAUUUGGUUCGUUAAAGGCUCCUCCAUCAUUAAAAUGUGGUUUUUAUAUUGCAAUACUUACUAUUAAGUGACUGCUAAUCUCUCCAAUGAGAGAUUAUUACAUCCUCUGAGCUGCUUCACAAUGAAGCUGUAGAGUACAUUUUUCUGUAUAGUCUCGAACAGGACAUAACAGCUUUAAGGACAUUGUAACUGUAUUUGUUAAUUGUAUUAUACUAUAUUUGUACUCUGCUAGACUUGAUCAAUUUUGAGCUGGGUCUUGAAUUCAAAUUAUGCAAAUUUUAAAAGCAAAAACAAUACCUUCAUUAAAUGAACAAAUCUUAAAAUGCAUUUUUAGUUUGCAACUAAUUGGGUUGCUAAUUCUUAAAUUGACUAUCGUAACUUCAUGUAAAUGAAGGAGAUAACACAAUUUCAAUAAAGUGUUUUUUUAGGUUUUUCAUUUUCUGCCUCUUUAAGAUUCUUUUGAAAUGCUAUUAAAACUGAAUGAAUGGUUCAAGA